UGUAGUUGUGCGCUAAAAAGUAUGUGAUAAGGCAUAGUCGCUAUACGUUUGUAAACAUACUUCUAAAAUAAAAACAGAUAAUUCGGAUCAUGUAAUAUACGUCAGUAAAUUACUCGAUUGGUACUGUUUUAUAUACUAAUCGAGCACAGGUUAGGUUUCUGUUCGGUAAGUUUCGAGUUUCGCAGUCGAGUGUCACAGCUCGAAAUAGACGAACGCAUAAUGGGAUAUAGAAGUACCAGGGACGUCGGCGAUACCGACCUAGAGUUACCUCCUCUACGAAGUAUCAAUGAUUUCAUCCUCGAGUCUGCCAGAUUUCAGAUUCCAAAUGUAAAAGAUCUCGAUAAAUGGGGCAAUCGUGUCGUUAACAAUUUGCUCUAUUACCAGACCAACUACUUUUUCACCAGUGCUGUCAUUUUUAUUCUUGUCGGUUUGAUUCAUCCUAUGAAAAUGCUGGUUGGAAUGGUAGUGAGUGGCCUCACCAUAUUGGCCUUUGCCUAUAUUUCAACAGAAGGAAGAGCAGUACAUAAUUUUAAAAAAAAAUAUCCUGGUGCUGGAAUUUUGCUGAUGUUAAUGGCUGGUUGUAUUCUCACUUAUACUUUGGGUUCUCUCCUUGUAUUUUUACUUGGUAUUCUAUUACCAUUUUCUGUUAUAUUUGUACAUGCCUCGUUGAGGCAGAGAAAUCUGAAAAAUAAAGUCGUUAACAAAAUUGAAGGAAUUGGCCUAAAGCGAUCUCCAAUGGGGAUAUUCUUGAACCAACUUGAUGACUUAAGUGGUUUAGCUUUGAAAGCGCAAACUUCGUUUUUACAAAAAGUUGAUCAGUAACAAAUCUCUCAUGGAAUGAAGUACUUAAAUUCAAGGAAUGCUACAUAUAUUCUACAACGGAUCUCUUCAAUUAACAAGUUUUGCAAAACCAAAGACAUUACAAAAACUGAACUCAGUUUUGACACUCCAAAUUGUCAACACUUAAUUGUAUCACCAAAUAAGCUUUCCAUCAUCAUCAUGUUUUAAGUUAAUUAAUAUUUUUAUUUUCGUUCUUGUAUUAAGUUUCGAAAAUGUUUGUUCUGUUAUAUUUAUACACAUAGCUAUUGUAUUAAAUAAGAAUUUUAUAUAUGAUAAUUAUCAAAUUCUGUAGUUAAGUAAUUAUCACAUUUCUAACAAAUUAUUUAUACGUAAAUGUUUGAACUUGUUUUAUAUUUCUAUAUGAGAAGCACUUGAUGUUGAAUAAAAAUUAGU